GCAGCGGGCACCAGUCAGUCCCGGGGUGACGCCUGCACCGCGCGCCGCCACAGCCACUCCUGCUUCACCCCGAGUGCCAUCGCCACACAACGCAUUAUCCGCGCCGAUCGCCGCUCUCCCCUACAUAAACGUUCUCGGCGGAUGCAAGAGGCGGGCGGAGGCAGGCCGAGCGCACGAGGAGGGCGGCUGGCGGGCCAGUAUGCGUGAACACCUCCCUGGGGUUGGCCAGCCCCUGGGGACGCCUCCGCACCACCGCCGCGCCCAGGACCCUGCCGCAGGCGACAUCGCCAGGAGCGACUCGUACUCCCUGGCGCGCGGCGGCAAGCUGGUGUCGUCGCGCCCCUGGGCCUCCUCCGGGGCGCAGAUCCUGGUCAACAUGCACGCCCUAGAGGCCGGCGCCAAGGACACGGGCGGCAAGGAGCCGAGACGGCCGCCGUCGUCAGGCACGUCCUCGAGCGACAGUGAGAGCGACUCCGACUCGAGCGACUCGGACGACACCUCGGAGGACGAGUACGAGGUGCGAGUGACGCGGCGGCCGCCCGACCUCAGCCGCCUCCCGCUGGCCGAGGAGGACGAGGAGCUCGAGCGCGAGCGCUGCGUGAACAACGGUGAGUGUAAGGUCGAGAUGGCGAGUGCGAAGUGCAGUGAGCGGAGGCAGGGUGAGGGCGAGAAAAGACUUCCUGGCGACGGCCACUCGCGCCCACACCUCGCCCGGGACGCCAGGGAGGGCGCGGCCGACGGGGGCGGAAACGAUGUUGAUGCGAAGAACGACGAGGGUGACGAAGAGGAAGAUGACGAUGACGAUGAUGACGACGAAGACGAUGAGAGUGAGAGUGACGAGACAGAGAGCACGGUGCGGGCGAGGUUGGGCGCGGGGGCGGAAAGCGGCGGAAAUGAGCCGGGCGGAGGCGGCGGCGAAGGAGCGGCGCCGCCUCCGGAGGACGACCCCAACGACACCCUCAGCACCCUCAGCGGAGACCUCAGCUUCGACGACCGCGACGUCGUUUCGCCUCCGCGCGAGAAUGGCGUCGCGGCCGCGCAGGACCUGGAGGCACUCCCUCAGGACGCCGCCGCCCCCGACCCCAUCACGGACUCCCACACGGCCGCCGACGCGGAGGCUCCGCGGGCGUCGGAGGAGCGCGUCGCCAGUGAGAGCCGCGUCCCCCCCGAGGGCGAAAGGAGCACGCCGCAGCGCGAGAGCGUCCCCACCGGCGUCUUCUGCCUGAGUGGCUAUCCCAAGCAGGCGUCCUCCGGCCCGGCGCAGGACCCGAACUCGUCACCAUCCGGUCAAACCCGUCCUCAGCCCGAGCAGGAGUCUGGCAGCGCCGCGGACGCUCCUGGGGAAAUGAAUCAAGUCUGCAAGCGGGCGGCGGGCGGAGGCCAGCACUCCGGCGGGGCAGCCCGUGGCAUGGGGGCUGUGCAGGGUCGUGCUGAGGAUGCCAAGAGUCAGGAGCGUUCUCCGCGCUCCCUCCCGUUCCCUCCUAAGUAUGUAAGUGGCCAUUCCCGCGUGGCUCUGCUGCGAGGAACCUGGGACCCCUCCGCCUCCUCCUCCGCCUCCUCCUCCGCCUCCCCCCGCCACGAGGGCCACGGCGCUGACAGAGAGCCUCCCAAGCAGCAGCAGCAGCAGCAGCAGGCCCUCGGCGCCUCCGAGGAUGUGCACCUCAACUCUCAGCACGGCCACCACGCCGCGCCCCAGCAGGCUGCGGCGAGGGCCGAACGCCAGGGCGCCGCCAAAAGCAAGAACAACAGCGCCCUUGGCGACGGGGGCCAUGCCCAACACUCCCGCCAAAGUCUGCAACAAGCAAAGCUUCCGAAACAGAGUAAUGCGCAGCACAGCGCACAGGUGUACCAGCUCCAGCAACGACAACAGCAAGUGCAUCAACAUCAGAAGCGUCGAGUGCAACAGCAACAGCAACAGCAGCAGCAAGAGAGCAGACGACAUCACGGUGGCAAGAACGGCGCAGUCAACCCUGCCAACACCACCGCCGCCACCACUAACUCACGUGACGCUGUCUGUGGGGGGAGUGGCACGCGUAGCCCCGCCCACGUCUAUCAGCCGGCAGCAGCCGCCGCCACGCCCACGUCGUCCAUGCCCCGCCUCCACGCCUCGAGCAGCGGGCUGGGCGGCUCGGCGUCCCGACUGAGCGCAGGAGGAGCGGGAGGCGCCGCCGGCUCGUACCCCGGCCUCGCAGGGAGCAGGCUGGGGGGGUCCUACACGGGCCUGGUGUCCUCGGCGUCCUCUGGCUACGGGUCGGCCGCGGGGGGCGUGCUCCCCGCCGCGCCCACGCGCCACGAGGACUCCGAGGACCUGUCCGACGUGUCCUCGGGCGCCACCUCCGAGGACUCGGCCAGAAGAAGACGACGUCGCUCGGCGCAGUCAGCCAAAGGCGAGGCGUCCGUGUCAGGGAAUGAGGACUUCGAGUGGGUGCGCGCCUCGCCCAUGCUGACGGGGCUCCUGGAGGGCCACGUCACGCGGCUGGCGACGCCCCCCGACCACCGAGGACUCAGGACCAGCCUGGCCACGCCCCCGGAGUCCGGAGAGGAGGGCGGCGGGGGCCCCACGCACCGCCACCGCCAGUACCCGAGGCCCCCGCCGGCGCCACGCCCCCGCACGCUGGAGCCGACGGACCUGGUGCCGCACCGGCCCCUCAGGGACGGCCUCAGGGACUCCAGGGACCGCCUGUACUCGCCGUCGCGGGACGUGGCCAGCCACCGCCGCUCGCGGGACUCCUCCGUCGAGCGCAGCGGCCGCGACUCGUCGUGCGAGCGCGGAUCCGUGUCCAGCCUGCACCAGCACGCCCACCACCACCACCACGCCCCCGGCCCCCGCCUGCCGCGCCACGCCUGCGACUGCCCGUCCUGCUGGUGCGACGAGGAGGAGCCCGGAUACGACUCCUGCGACGAGCGCCACCACCACCACCGCCACAGCUACCACGAGGGCCUCCACCACGCCCACCUGCACUCGCUGCCGGCGCACCACCACCAGCCGUGCGGGCGCGAUGCAGCGCGCGAGCGGCGGGCGCGAGGGCAGGGCUCGGGCGACAGCGGGCGGUCGUCGCCGGGCUGCUGCCGCCACUGCCACCCGCUGGGCUCGCUCAGCUCGCUCUCCAGCCACGACUACUGCGCCAACAGCCGGCUCGCGCUGCCCUGCUCCUCCAAGGUGGGUGGCGCCCUCGCCACGCUCCAGGGGGCGCGCCGACAUCGCCGCCUCGACUCAGACUACAUCGCGUUGUGGAGCUGCCACUCCCCGCCGGGCGGCUCUCUGGAGGACCGCGUGCACCGCCUCGAGGGCGACAAGGACUCGUUGCAGCUGCAGGUGACGGUCCUCAGCGAGCAGGUCGAGGCGCAGACGGAGAAGAUCGCCGACCUCGAGAACCUCCUGGAGGAGAAGAAGGAGCUCCUCAGGAAGACGGAGGAGCAGCUGCAGAAGGAGGUGAUGACGAGAACCAGCCUCGAGACCCAGCGGCUCGAGCUCUUCAGCGAGAUCAGCAACCUGAAGCUCCGUCAGGCGGCCUUCGAGCGAGAGAAUGCGGACCUGCGGGACAAGAUACGGCGGUCGGACCACCAGUCGGACCACGCCAAGGCACAGCCGUUAUUGUGUGGUGUCGGGCGGUCUGGUAGUGGCAGGAGCAUAACCCCAACGGCCGCGUCCACCCCAAUCCACUCCUUCUUGGUCACCCCAGACUCACCUCAGCCUAGCCAUCAGCUUGCAGCACAGUUGGCUAACUCCCCAUCUCCGAGUAGCAUCUCUACCCUCUCCACCAUUCCGGCUUCCUCGCCUAACAAGUCUCCUGCUCAGCCUCCCACUGUGUCACCUGCCUCCUCGCCAGUCGCGUCCCAUGACGCUCGGGAAUUCUUGCCACCGAGGGUGAGUAAGACUCCCCCUCCAAAUGCUCGACGGAAAAUUGACCAGUUUGGAACCAUGCCACGACAGCGAGACAUUAUCAUGGGCGGAGAGGCCAACCACGGCUCGGCAACCACAGGGCGAUCCAAGGGAGUCAUGUUCGGUAAAGGCUUCCACUUCCUUCCAUUCCGUGUGGCGGGAAAGCGGAGCACUUCGGCCCCCAACUUAGCGGAAACAGAAAUGCAGAUGAUUGACGACCUGCCUGAGGGAGAGUACGGGCAUCCAGCAGACGGCAUGAUGGUCCCUGCCUCGUCAACACCAAGGGUUAACACGCUUGUUGGUCACAGGUCCCCGCCAAUGCAUCCCAAGGCAACAGGCAUCAAAAAGAUAUUUACAAAGCUCCGCCGUAGUAGUUCAGGUCAUCUGGACAGUGAUCUCGGCGAUGGGGACUUUAGGCGAGGUGGAAUGAGGGCCACAGCAUCCGCUCGACUUGGCUGGACCUCGCCCACAACUACUUUCAAAGAGCCAGGUGAACCUUUCACUAGCUGGAGUUCUGAAACAAUGGAGGCCUGGAUUGGAGGUCUGGGUUUGAGUCAGUAUUGCGCUGCUGUUCGCUGCUGGACAGAAAAUGGUCACCAUUUGUCACAAGUAACGCCUCAGCAGUUAGAGAGAGAACUAGGACUCCGUCAUCCAUUGCAUAGAAAGAAACUCCAGUUGGCAAUCGCGGCGAGAUUAUCUGGGAAUCAGCUUAACACGCCGUUAGCCCGCUUGGAUCAUGCGUGGGUGUUACGUUGGCUGGAUGAUGUGGGUUUACCACAGUAUAAAGACGCUUUUAGUGAAGCACGUAUUGACGGGAGGGUGCUCAACUGCCUAACCUAUGAUGAUUUAGCCUUCCUAAGAUUUACAAAUCUACUACAUGUUACCUCAUUGAAGCGUGGUAUUCAGGUCCUGCGAGAACACAACUUUGAUCCCACUGUGCUGAAGCGCCGUUCAGUGCCAGAAGAGGAUCAAAGAUCGAGAACACCAGCAGAAGUGGCACUGUGGACUAAUCACCGUGUCAUGGAAUGGCUGCGAACUGUUGACCUCUCAGAGUAUGCCCCCAAUCUUAGAGGGUCAGGUGUUCAUGGAGCGCUAAUGGUGUAUGAAGUGCGUUUCACCUCUGAGCUCUUGGCAUCCCUGCUUUCCAUCCCAUCUGGAAAAACGCUCUUGAGACGACAUUUGAACACGCACUUCAAGGAGUUGGUCGGUGCAUCCAUCGUGCAAGAGAAGAGGGAGUUGGAAGCUUCUUCAGGGUACACUCCUCUUACCACCUCUGCUAAAGUCAAGAUGCCAAAGAAAUCACAGUUCUCUCUAAAGCGCAAAAAGUCCAAAUCGGAGCUAGAAUUUGACGACCUGCUAUGUCCUCUUGAUGAGAAGCCCCCUGUAGGUGCUCUGCAGGACAAGGAAAAGGAGGUGAGGACUUGGGAAGUGGUGGAGAAGAUAAAAUCUCUAGAGGUGGAGAAGGUGGAGAAGAUAAAGAGCAUGGAAAAGGUGAAAGAGACCAAUGGUGAUGGCAGACUUUGCUGAGCGACUCCACAGAUCAUCCGCGCCACCGUUGAUUGGUCGUAUCACGAAGGUCUAGAGGAGAGCAAGCGCUGGCAGCUUGGCUACCCUCACCAUUCCUCGAUCUGCCUGCAGCUCGUACCUUUGCCUAUGCCUAGUGCCUGAAUGCUAAAGUAUUGGCCGGGACACACUUUUCUUCAAGAUAAACAACAUUGAAGUGGUUCUCUGGAGUGUGUUGUCAUUAAUAUUUUUCUAUAAUUGAUGAAAUCCAAAAAGGUGCAGUAACUCUUUAAGAUGUAUAGCAGAUGGUUCAGGAAAAUCAAGCUGUUAUGUCACUUUCAUAGAUUAGCUACAAGAGAGCCUCCUUGUUUCACUGUGCCCCAAAGGCCAUCUGACCUCUUAUGUGCCUUAUUAUUAUAUAAAAGGCAUUAUGAAGAAUGCCAUUCCAGGCAGGCAGUUUGGAGAAGAAGCACUUUUAUAAUCAAGGUGUGCAUUCAGUGCGUGCUUGUUAUCGGUGAAAUAUUUUACUACUGUUAGUUAAAACGUUGACUUUAUGUGGAUGUAUCUACUUCUUUCCUUCAGUUACAAAUACACAAUACUAGUAAUAAAGUACCUUGCUGACUCCCACUAGAUGAUAUUUAUGUUCUUCACAUUUCAUCUGGGUGUACUGAAAUUCUCUUUGGUGGUCCCCCCAAAUGACCAGUAUGUCACUGCCUAGGCAUGCACACAGAUCUCAGCAUGGAGGACCUGUGUUUAAAUGUUUAGUCCUAUGUGAGAUAGUAAAGACUGCUGUCGAGAGAGAAACUUUACAACAUUUUUAAUUCCUUUUAGAAUAUUUAUAUUUUUGUGUUUAUUUUUGACAUGAGAGAUCCUCUUUUAUCACAUUUUACUUUUUUGUUUGUUUAAAGAGAUAAAUAUGUGAUUUUAUCUUCAUUGUAAUUGCAUUGAACCUAUUGAUGUUAGCAGAUAUAUGUUUUAUUGAAGAAAUUAUCCACUUCUAGGUUAAGAAUACUAAAGUCAAAUACUUUCAAUAAUUUUUUUUCUUCUUUUUCUUUUUUUCUUUCUUUUUUUUUUGAAAGUCACUUUGAUACUUUUUGUUGAGCAUUUGUAUGAGUUAUGUAUUUAAUUUAAAUUGUUUUAAGCAGCUUACGAAUCAGACAGUCAUUAUUUUAAAACGUUGCAUACUAUGUGGUGCAGUUUGUUUGUGCUGUGUUAUGGUUUGUGGGCAGCUGAAUUGCAGCUUAGAAAAUUAACAAGACUGAUGGGAAAUCUGUUUUAGAAAUUGUUAUGCUAUGUAAUAUAGUAAGUGAUUGACAGGGGCCUAAAAGUUUAUGAUUGUAAAUUGAUGUUAUCAGUGAGGUAACAUGCAGCUGAUAAGCUCUUGUUAUGAAAAGAUAUAACUUUGAACUUUAUAUAAAACUUUAACAAAAAUUGUGUGAUUUAUCAACGGUAGAAUUUUCUCUUUUUACAAAAUAAAUUUUAGAAACUGGUCUGUAUAUAGUAUAAAUACUUUUUCACCAUUAGUCACAUUUUUACAUUGUCUCAGUGAUUUGUAGGAAAUUGGAACAUUUGCCAUUUGCUCUCAUGGCCACAAGUCCCAAAAUUUGGUAACAAAAUAAAGUCAGUCAUUAGUAUUGUUUUUUUGUUUUUUUCAUUUUAUAUGGCCUGCAUAAAUUUUUUGACACAUUUGGAAAAUGUGAAGGAAAUCAGAUGAAAAACUAAUUUUUUUGUAUUAUUGAACUGUGGUUAUAUGACAUAAUAAAGGAUGCCUCUAAAUGACCAUAAUUUUGUUAAGGUAGCCCAUCUGCCUUGGUCUGCUGAUGCCAUGGUUUUUGUUACCAGUGUUAUGAUUAUAAGGCUUAGGAGGUGCAGAGCCUCAUUUUUUCCCUUUCAUUUUGAUAAAUUUAUUAAGAAUCAACACUGACUAAGAUCCUGUUCUUAAUAUUUACAAAGAUAAAAGAAGGUAAUGAAAAGUAGCCAAAAGUUAUUGUCAUUUUUAAAAGAGAAGGCACCAAAUACACAACUUUAUUUGGAAUUGAAAAUAGAGAACAUGUUUAGCUCGAGUUGGAAGCUUGAUCUUCAGUAGGGUUAAUAAAUAUCUACAAUACUAUUUAACUGCACUGGAGCAAGUACAUUUAAAAUACAUUAUUAAGACUUUCAGCAUUCAUAGAUAUUAUUCCUCACGUCAUACACAGAAUAUGAUUUACAUUUUGUAUACUGUGAAUAGAUAAUUAUGAUUCAUUUCAUCUUCAAGAAAGCUGCCAGAUCUUUACGGAAAUACCAGCUCUAAAAGCUGAUGACAGAAGAGCUUAUAAAGACUGAAAAGCAAAGCAAAGUUAACCAUUCAUCUGUUUAUUUAUCCUUGUUUCUUUUCGUGCAGUACUAAUCUACUAAUUUGGAAGUCAGAAAUAAUUAUUAACUAUUUAUUUUUUAGUGAUAUGUUUUUGAGGUGCAAUAAUAGAAUGUUGAUGUGCUCCAAGAUGACCAGAAUGAUCACAGGAUUCCCUUAGCCCUAGUCACCUUGUUUACAAUACUUAAUUUGUAAUAUGCAUAAUCUACUGUGUGUGGAAUUAUAUUAGGUUUUCAGAAAGAGUUUGAAUGUUUUCUUUAUGUAGUCACUGAAGAAAUUUGUCCCUGUAUUCAUUUUUUUGCAGCUAGAAGUCUGAGAUAACAAAAUGACGAUUGGUGAAGAAAUAAAAAAUAUUUGAACCUGAGAAGAUAUGAAGAGAUUCAGAGUUUUACAUAUUUAUAUAGUGGGUGUCCUCAGCUUCACAGGCCAAGACUGUGGAACUCUAACAGCACCAGUGGGGUGUAAUUUUUAGUAUACAUUUUUAAUAAAAUAACAAUGAUUUUCA